CCUCAAAGGUCUACUGAUGAGCUACUAUUUAAAUCACCUGUGCAGGGUCAUUGAAUCCAAAACCUACAGAGCAGGGUGACUGACUCCGUAGGGGAAGGCUCUGUUACUACUAGUAUUUAAUCCUUUCACUUAUUGGUGACAGCUGAAAAGCUGUUUUCGGAUCACCCAUGCUUGGCAAGCUCCACACAGAUUUGUGGAUCACUGUAUCGCUAAUCUUUUUGGCCUAUUUGGACUCGAUGUCCAGAGCUGAAAAUGAUUUGUCUUUGGUAAAAUUACCAGGGUGGAAGGACACCUCAGAUUAUGUCGGCCAGUGUUUCUACAGCCAACAUGGGAAUCUGUCUUGUGACUGGACAAGAAGCCAAGCAGGAGAUGGUACAGUGGAAAUACUGGCAAGCCAUCCACUGACCAUCACUGGCAAGGCUUGCUUGGAGUUCUGGCAUCUGGCUUCAGGCGAUACGUUGCGUGCUUUGCUGAAAAGUGGCAUGAGGCAAGUGGAAAUCUGGACUUCUCCUCCGCUCCCAAGAGAUGCAUGGAGACAAGUCUUGGUGCCCCUGAACCUCACUGAACCAGGCACUCAGGUCAUAUUUGAAGCUGUCCAUCCACUGACUGCAGAUCAGACUACUUUAAAACAGAUUGGCGUAAGAAGUGGAUCAUGUAGAAACCAGUGUGACUCAAACACUGACCUGUGGACUGGUGACUCCACACGCUGCCUGUGCUCAGUUGGUCAGCUGUUCUGCUUUCUCUCUCAUUGCCCUCAGGGCCAAAUAUGUGAUCCUCAAAGAUAUGAUCCCAGGAACCUUUACCCUUCUGGCAUAUGCACUAUUCACAGCAACACGGAUUGUCGCACCUUUGAUGGUGCAUUGUUUCGCUUCACUUCCCCCUGCACAUAUGUACUGGCUAAAACGUGUUCAGCAUCUGAAGCUCUGCCACAAUUCACAGUUGAGGUAGUGAACACGCAAACCAGCAAUGCGUCGCAGCCUAUCAUACAGCAAAUUAAUGUAAACCUGGGGAAUAUGAGGGUAUCCUUGCUAAAGAGUCAGACCCAUUGGGUUGUGGUUAAUGGCAUCUGGCGAGAGCUUCCACUAAACCUGAACAAUAAUACAAUCCAUAUUGAAAGCAACGCUGCUGCCAUAGAAGUGGGAAGCAGUUCUGGAGUAUCUGUUUCCUUCGACAAUACUGGGGCUCUUCAGCUCAGACUUCCAUUACAAUAUUCUGAUAGGGUUUGUGGCUUGUGUGGCAACUUCAAUCAGAUCCCAGGAGAUGACUUGCUCAAGCCUGAUGGCACAAAAGCUGAAAGCGCCACAGCUUUGGCUGAGAGUUGGCAAACUGGGGGAAAUGUCUCCUCCUGUGAAGCCAUUCAAGUACCACAACAGUGCAACCCACAGGAUGAGGCUCAUUACAGCAGUGAGAAUUACUGUGGACUCCUUCGUUCUGGCUCUGGGCCCUUUGCAUCCUGUCUGCCAGAUGUAGGUGCAGAGAGCUAUUUCCAUGCUUGUUUACUUGGCUUGUGUUCUGCUCAUGGUGAUCAAAAAGUGCUAUGUGAAGCACUGAAAGCCUAUGCAGAUGUCUGCCAAGAGGCUGGAAUUGCCAUACCCACAUGGAGGAACUCUACUUUCUGCUCGCUAGAGUGUGGCGAGAACAGCCAUUAUAAUUCAUGUGCUGAUGGCUGUCCAGAGGUGUGCUCCAGUCUAGAUCAAAUGGGUUUAUGUGGUAGCUGUGAAGAAAGAUGUGAGUGCAACCCUGGGUUCAAGCUCAGUGGGGAUAAGUGUGUCCCAGCUGAGCAUUGUGGGUGCUGGUAUAAUGGAAAACACUAUGAGAGUGGGGAAAUGACUGUGGAAGCAGACUGUGUGCAACAGUGCCAAUGCAUUGGCAAUGAUACCAUGCAAUGCACUGCAAUGAGAUGUGCAAGUGAUGAAGUUUGUAAGGAAAAAAAUGGCAUCAAAGGCUGCUUCCCAUUCAAACCUGCCACUUGUAAUGUGUAUGGCGAUCCACAUUAUGUUACCUUUGACAAACUGGCUUACAGCUUUCAAGGGGGCUGUGCUUACAUUCUCACUACAACAUGUGGCAAGCACAGCACAGUGCAGUUCACUGUAAUUGGCUUAAACAGCCACCCUACUGGACAAAAUUUUACUAGAGCUAAACUUGAAGCCGUGGUUCUUCAGCUUGAUGGACUGGAUCUCACCUUGAAUCAGAGCGGCCAAGUUGAUGUCCAUGGUGUCUCUGUCAGACUUCCUUACUCGACCAAUGGGUCAUAUGGCUCAGUGUGGAUCUAUGUGAAGAAGGAUUACACCAUUCUGGAGACUACCUUUGGCUUGAAAUUGUGGAUAGAUGGACAUGGCAGGUUGUUCUUGCAAGUGGAUGAACGUUACAAAUAUGAACUCUGUGGUCUGUGUGGCACCUACUCUGAAUAUCAGGAGGAUGACUUCAUGAUGCCGGGAGGCCAUAUUGCCUCUGGAUCAUUUGAAUUUGGUGACAGCUGGAGAACUCGUACUAAUGAAGAAUGCAUGGCCUAUCCAAAUGAUCCUAGAGAAUGCGACAAUGAUGGGACUGUGGCCAAUGAGGAAUGUUCCAUGGUUUUUCAUGGGGCUUUUGAGGCCUGUCAUGAAUAUGUUCACCCGAGCAUCUACUUUAGCAGUUGCGUAUAUGACUAUUGUGCCACAAGUGGGGAUCAGCUCACUUUUUGCGAAUCCCUGAAAUCUUAUGCCACAGCAUGCCAAGUUGAAGGAGUGGAACUCUCUAGCUGGCAAAUUGGCACAAUAUGUGAUUUCUCAACUGUAGUUCCAACAAAUCCAGGCACUACGUCUUCAAACAUCAAUUCCUGUCCCCUUAACUGCAGCUUUGACACAAGUAUAUGUGGAUGGGAGCAGCUCAUUCAAGACAGUUUUGACUGGACAAGACUUUCUGGAUCUACACCAUCAAAUUUCACAGGACCAAACCAGGACCACACUACAGGAGCUGGUUUUUACAUGUACCUUGAGGGAGAUGAUGUAACCUUUGGAGAUUCUGCUCGACUGUUGAGCCCAUCAUGCCAGCUUGAUGGCCCAAUCUGCUUCCACUUCUGGUACCACAUGCAUGGUUCAGCCACCAGUAUGAUUAUGAAUGUCUACCAACUCCAAGGUAAUAAGGCUACAAAGGUUUGGGGUAUAGUGGACAACAAAGGACCUGAGUGGCAGUUGGGAAAAGCUGACCUGAAAAUAUCUGGUCCAUUCAAGUUAAUAAUUGAGGGAAUUCGAGGCUCCACUGCUCAGUCAGACCUGGCUAUAGAUGACAUUGCUAUUACUUCUGGGUCAUGCUUGGAUGCCUUCCCCAAUGUAACUGGAACUACAAAAGUACCCACAUCACACCAAAUCUGCAACUUUGACUGUAGCUUCCUGAAUGGCUUAUGCACUUGGCAGCAGAUGAUCACUGACGCAUUUGAUUGGGAAAGGAACAAUGGCUCCACCCCUACUGAGAUGACUGGUCCCUCUAGUGACCACACUGGUGAUGGCCACUACAUCUAUAUUGAGUCUUCGAACGUGACGUAUGGUGACGCAGCUCGUCUUAUCAGCUCCCAGUGUGCAAACACUGGUCCUCAGUGUCUGCAGUUCUGGUACCAUAUGUAUGGAUCAGCAGACAGAAUGGGCCUCAAUAUUUACCUACUUGAGAACAAAGUAGCUAAGGCAGUCUGGGAGAAGAGGAACAACCAUGGCAAUAUGUGGCACUUGGCCCAGGUUGAUCUGAACACAACCGUAGAGUUUCAGAUUAUCUUUGAGGGACAGAGGGGUUCCAAUGAUCAAUCAGAUGUGGCCAUAGAUGAUAUAACACUGCACCAAGGAAGAUGUUCAGAUCUGAGUGGCAUAGGUACAGUUCUUCCUGCUAAACCGGAUUUUAAAACGACAACCAGCCCAGGUGUCAAUUCAUCCACCAUGAUGGCUCCAGAACCCACAAGAGGAAAUGUUACAACAACCCCAAGUGUCACUUCACCUACCACAACAGGUCUGGAACCUCCAGUGAGAAACGUUACUGUGCCCCCCAGUGUCACUUCUCUUGGCACAACCGCUCUGGAAGCCUCCAUGCUGAAUGGCACAGCUGAGGUGCCAACUCUGAGUGCUGUGCCACAAACAAUUAAACCAAUGAGCAAUCCUACUGCUAGACCACAGGUUCCAGCUUCAACCAACCAAGCACCCACCAAUGAGACUGAACCCCAGCCUUCACCCACAGGUGGGCCACAUCCUACAACUGCACAAGGCAAUGUUACUGCUGGGCCCCAGGUUCCUGCUACAACCAACCAGACACCCACAAAUGAGACUGAAGCCCAGCCUUCACCCACAGGUGUGCCACAUCCUACAACUGCACAAGGCAAUGUUACUGCUGGGCCCCAGGUUCCUGCUACAACCAACCAAGCACCCACCAAUGAGACUGAACCUCAGCCUUCACCCACAGGUGUGCCACAUCCUACAACUGCACAAGGCAAUGUUACUGCUGGGCCCCAGGUUCCUGCUACAACCAACCAAGCACCCACCAAUGAGACUGAACCCCAGCCUGUACCCACAGUUGGGCCACAUCCUACAACUGCACAAGACAAUGCUACUGCUGGGCCCCAGGUUCCUGCUACAACCAACCAGGCACCCACCAAUGAGACUGAACACCAGCCUUCACCCACAGUUGGGCCACAUCCUACAACUGCACAAGGCAAUGUUACUGCUGGGCCCCAGGUUCCUGCUACAACCAACCAAGCACCCACCAAUGAGACUGAACCCCAGCCUGUACCCACAGUUGGGCCACAUCCUACAACUGCACAAGACAAUGCUACUGCUGGGCCCCAUGUUCUGGCUACAACCAACCAAGCACCCACCAAUGAGACUGAACCCCAGCCUUCACCCACAGGUGGGCCACAUCCUACAACUGCACAAGGCAAUGUUACUGCUGGGCCCCAGGUUCCUGCUACAACCAACCAGGCACCCACCAAUGAGACUGAACACCAGCCUUCACCCACAGUUGGGCCACAUCCUACAACUGCACAAGACAAUGCUACUGCUGGGCCCCAUGUUCCGGCUACAACCAACCAAGCACCCACCAAUGAGACUGAACCCCAGCCUUCACCCACAGGUGGGCCACAUCCUACAACUGCACAAGGCAAUGUUACUGCUGGGCCCCAGGUUCCUGCUACAACCAACCAGGCACCCACCAAUGAGACUGAACACCAGCCUUCACCCACAGGUGGGCCACAUCCUUCAACUGCACAAGGCAAUGCCACUGUUUGGCCUAAAUUCCCAGCAUCUUCCCCAGAGACCAGUUUACAGCCUCCAAAUUCAACUAAAUCACAAACACCUCAAUUUCCACCCACAAGUGAAUCACAAGUACCAACAUUGAGGCCGAACCUUUCCACUAAUCCUACAAUGAGACCCCAACAAACUGUUCCACAACCAGGAACGCCACAUGUUUCAACACCCUCUUGUGCAGAGAACAGUCACUACACCACUUGCAUUCCUGCAUGCAGCCCUACAUGCAAAAGCCUGACUGGUCCACCACACUGCAGUUCAGAGAUUUCUUGUGCAUCAGGAUGUGUAUGUGAUGAUGGCUUUGUACAAAAAGGGAGUGUUUGUGUGCCUGUACAGAAGUGUGGAUGUAUUGACAGGAAUGGUGAAACUCACCAGUUCAAUGAAGUAUGGUACACCAGUCACUGCAGGCAGAAAUGUGAGUGUGAAGAAGAUGACGGAGAGGGAAAGACUGACUGCAAAGACAUAGAUGGGUGUGAAGAUGAUGCUGUGUGCCUUCAACUUGAAACGGGCAAAUAUUAUUGCAAGUCUACAGACUUUGGUGAAUGCAUCAUCCAGGGAGACCCACUGUACAAAACAUUUGAUAAACUGAAACAUGAUUUUAGUGGGAGAAACUUGUAUGUGCUGGUGAGAACCAAAAAUUUGCCAAAGAAUCUCCCAGAAAUCUAUAUAGAAGGCACAAAUGCAUGCACUGAUGAUAGCAGCGAGGAAACGGAGAGAAGUGAAAUCAGUGGAGAUGAUGAGGAAGAGGAGCACAAACGAAUAUUGCAGGACCUUAAAAUUAAAGUCUACAAUCACACCGUAGAACUUAAGCACAAGAGGAAAGUGUUUGUGGAUGGACAAAGAAUUAAAGCUUCAGGUUCAGCAGCUCCUGGCGUUGAGAUCCAAAUGCAGUCUUCUCGUAUCUACCUAAAGACAGAUUUUGGUCUGUCUGUGAAGUUCAGUGGACACUGUAAAACUGAUAUCAUUCUGCCGUUCCUUUAUAAAAGGAGAGUGGAAGGUUUGUGUGGAAACUUUGAUGGCCGAAAGACGAAUGACAAAGUGAAACCAGAUGGAACCAUUGCCAAGAAUACACAAGAAUUUGGCAAAAGCUGGAGUGUGCAUAACUAAGACUACAUUUUCAUGUUUCAUCUCUAACAUUGUAAAAAUCCUUGGAGAUAUUGUGGUACUGUGCCUUUCAGACUGGCUUUGCUAUGAGUGUUCCAGUUUUCUUUGAAUCAAUAUUUAUCUGCAACUUGAUCUCGUGGUCAUUUGUAAAAGUUUGCAGUUCAUGCUAUUAAAAUACUGUGAUUUGAAUUGAUGUCAUUGAGUACAAAUGCAAGAAACAUGAUUAUGUCACUACAACUAAAUGUACAGUAAUGUGUAUUUCAAAUGCAGUAAGCUGAUUUCUGAUAUUUCAGUUUAAUAAACUCAUAAGAAACUGUCA